UUCCCGCUUGGCUAGUUUGGUCGAAGAGAUACUAAGCGAGCGAGUUCAUGUGAAGAUAUGAAUGAGUUCUGCUUGCUUUUGAACUUAUGGAGUGUGUAAAUUCACGUUGUACAAAGCGAGAACAGGUCAAAGAGCUCUUUCAUGUUCUCGAGAAAGCAGAAGACUUCCCUUCAUUCUGUCCCUACUGCCAAGCUACUCUUCAUCGUACAAUAGACGGAACUCGGAUUGAUAAUCUAAACUUAAGAUCAAAGGCUUUGGAAAUACCAUCAGGCACUGGCAAUAAUGAUUUAUCGGAAGAAAAAUAUGCAAAAGGUGAAGUGUUAGAAAGCCAAAAAGGUUCAGAAGAAGACUCUCAAAAUCCAAUUUCCAAUGAGUCUGAGAGGCAAACAGCACAUGAUCAUUCAACACAAUCACACAAGUCUGCAGGCAAAAAUAAUAACGAGAGUUUUACUCGUCUGGAAUCACCAAAAGACGCUACAGGCACUGCAUUUUGUGAUAUUGAUAGACCUGAUGCAAGAACAAAUUAUCAGACUAACAGUGAAAAACAAGGAGUCAUUAUAGAUGGUGAUAAUGAAACGGUCUUACCAUCAGCAGAAAGUAGUACUUUACCAAAAAAAGAACAUAUAUCAUUAUCCAAAUGUAGUGACAGUUCAUUAGAGGUACAAAAUACUUUAGCACAAGUCAGUCAAGGAGCUGAAAACAACAAAGAACAAUCAAAGCAAUCACAUCAGUCCUUUACGAGUAGUGCUGACUUAGUAGAAAAUCUACUUGGCGAAGACAAAGAAAGCACUGAAGAUAAAAAAGCUCCAGUUGACCUGAUCGAUUUGGACCAUGAGACAUCACACAAUUCAGACAAAAAUACUGAAUUGCAUGAUAAAUCACAAUCACUGAUUCAAUCAAGCUUGCUAUCCUCAAAUAAUGUCUCAAGUAAUACAAAAGACAGAGACAAUCUUAGUGGUAUCUCAGAAAAGACGCCUCUAGAACAAGAUAGCGAUAUGACUCCACAAAGCCAGGCAAAGAGUCAAUCAAGACAAGUUUGCUAUCCUCCAGGCCAUGAUUUAAGCAGAAAACAGGAAGGCAUGCAAACUGAAGAUAAACAAACAGAAACACCAAAAUUAAAGUUUGGGGAAGAGAAAGGCGAUGAUGACAGUAACAUUCCUGGAAGUAGUUCAAGGAAAAGAAGUGGCGAUUCUGAAAAAAGCGGCAAUGCCAAUUAUGAUAUCGGAAAAAAGAAACAAAGAAUUCAAGAUCAGCAAAAGCCUGAAAACAUAGAAGAACAGUCAGAUAUUGAUGUCAGUAUGGAAACCACACAAUGCACGGAAAGCUGGUCAAAGUCUUCCACACUCAUGGAAACAAACCAUUCACUUCAACGCACCACACAUCAUGUGACCUCUCUACCAAUAACUAACUGGAAAGAGGAAGAGUGUGUCACUAUUGUUUUUUAUGCCUUGUUGUCACCUGAGUUCAACUUUCAGUUGAACAAACAGAAUGUUACUGUAUAUUUAGACCUCAACGAAGUUGGAGUCUGGAGUCAUUGUACAGAUAUGUUUGAUGCCAGGCAAGCAAAGGGCAAUUUCAUAGAAGUGCAAGGUAAAGUGCAACUUCCUGUCAGGCUUCUUAGCCAACCAAUUUCUUAUAAGUAUGCUGUGAUUAACAUUGGUGGAAAAGUUGAGCUGGAACUCUCAGAGUACUUUGAAGAAGAUCCAGAGAGAAUAGUUAAUCGUUGUUUGAUUGUACCGGAGAACGAUAUGCAUCCCAAUGCUGUUUGGCAUCAAUAUGAUGGUGUUGUCUAUCGAGACAUUAGUAAUUCUAGAUGGAACAAUCUUAAGAACUGGGUACCUGGAUUAAAGAAUAAAUUGGACCAAGGCAAAGCAAUAAAAAAUAGAGAACAUGCAGCCGUCCAUUUCUUUCCAAAGUGGGAAGGUUUUGUUACUGGAAAGCAAAUUGAUAAAAUAACUGCUUCAGAGGCUAUAGAUAGGAUGGAACAAAUUGAAGAAUGUUUAGCACACCAGUGGAUUUCCAUUGAUAACAACCCAAUAGAGAAGACUCUUUCUUCCAAAGAAUUUCCUUUUGAAAAGGUUUUAAAAGAAUUUCUAACACCCAAGAUUUCGCACAAUGCACGCUUAAAAGAAGAUGAGCUGAAAACGCCUGACGAUCGUAGAAGACGACUAAUAUCAAGUCUUACCAUAACAAACUUGGUGUGGGUCUUUGAUUUAGAUUUCUCUUGUGCAGAACUUACUGAUAUCAUUCAUUGCUUUGUACUUGAGACACAUGGCAACGACAGAUGCGACUUUGAUGAUAUUCACUUGGAGUUCCCAGAAGACUCUUGGGGGGACCUCUCCAAGUCUGUUGCCCAUCUAUUGAAUGCUGCAGCUCUAAAACAGUAUGGAAACACAAAGUUUUAUUGUCCAGAUGUCAUCCUUGCUGUCCCACUUCUUCACUUUCUUCGAAAGGACACCAAGCCUUUUGACCACUGUAAUGAUGACAGUGAUGUUGAAAAAUCAGUUGAAAGAUGGUGCCAUUCAGAAGGUCUUCCUCAAUUUAAUCCAUGCAAAAGAUUGUUUGAAGCAUUCUUCUCCAAAGUACAGCCGAUGUUUGCUUUGGAUCCAUAUUUGCGAAGGCUUUUCCUCUAUAAUGUUUCAUUUGAAGACUUUGAUAAGAUGUGCAUCCAGGAUGAAUUUCCAAUUCAUGAGAUUUGCACUGCAUUGGGUUUUAAAAUUCAAAAUGAAGACCAGUCGUCAUUAACUUCCAAGUUGAAACUGAUAGAGAAACCUUUGUCCGUUCUUGUUAAGAGGCUUAAAAAGGAGCUACGUCAAAGGAGGAAACACCUUGAUUCAGAGGUUAACUGUCAGGCCAAAUCAGCAUAUUUUCUGGCGGAAGAGCUUGUAAAAAAAGACUCCACGUGUAGCAAAUCAAUGUUUCUUUGUGUAGAGAUUGUAAGUCUUAUUCUGUCAAGUGCACAACAACUUGAUGAUGAAACCUCUACCUCAGGAUCUCAGACCCUGGAAUGCGAUGUCAUUUUCAACAGUCUCACCAAUUCAAUAGAGACCUCAGUAGAAAAUUGCUUUCCUUCUAAACUCUCACCCAAUGAGCAUUGCCAGAAAGAGGAACUGAAGGUUUGGACCACAUAUCUAGAAACUGAUUCUUUGAAUGGAAAGCUCAAAGAUAAAUGGUGCAAAACGCUUUUGUCUCACUUCGUCAAAAGGCUAAAGAAGCUUAAUCAUAAUGAUUCUAUUGAUCUUUACUGCCGAGUGAAUAUAUCAGCUGACAACAUCAAUCAAAGCAUCGUGGAUGCUAUCACCAAUCAUGCCUUCAAUGAAGUUAAAAAAGCUAUUGAGAGUGGAAAGACUGAAGGUUCCAUUGCAGUGCUGAGAAAGAAGUGUUUAAUAGAUCAUGUUUCAUCAAGAGCUGGGGAAUUACUAUCACGUAUGAUAAUAGAAUGCUGGAAGAAGGAUGAAGUUUCACUUGGUGGUCAGAAUCUCCACACACAACUAAUGUUCAUUCUCACAUGGAAACACUGGCCAGUUUUCAUCAGAUCAUUUGGUUCAGCAGAAAGUCAAAAGAUAUUGACCACAGAUGCAGCUAAACUUAUACAAAGUGUUGUUGAUCACUUGUGUGACAUCCAAAGUGCUAUUGAAGAUAGAUCUAUUGACGUGCAAACUAUAACAUCUUUGAAUCAACAUCAAGAUAAUUUCAUAAAGCUCUGCACUGCCUUAACCGAGAUUGGUAAGGAUUCUGAAAAAUCGAAAGGUUUCAAGGAAGCUGAAAUGGUCAUGAAGGAACUAGAGAAGAGAAAAGAAGAGCUACUAUAUUUUCAUGACAUCAAAUCUCAAGUUGGUAAUUUUCUUAACAUGUGCAGAUCAACAAAAGAAGCGAAAUUCGACACAGCUGACUUGCAAAGAAUGUAUGAAUGUGACAUAUCUGAAAUAGAGAUGAAAGAUAUUUGCAGGCGAGAUUCAAUGAGUGAAGGAUGCCAAGAGAACCAAAUCACUGUCAUACUCUUUGUCUUGCCUGAUUCACUUCGAUCUGAGCUUACUCAGCUUUCAAUGGUUUGGAAAAGUGACAUUUUCCAAAAGUUUUGGAUGCAAAAUUCGAGGUCCGCAUUCAAAGAAAGACAAACCAACAACCACGACGAAAAGGGCCUGACCUUGGCAGAUAUCCAGAAAAAUGUGUUCCAACCAUCUUUGGAAACGUGGAAACAGCUUGCCCUAAAGCUAAACGAUGGCGUUAUUUCUUUACGAGAAGUCGACAAAUAUUUCACACUGAAAAAUGUACAGAAAGAAGUUGAAAUCAUGUUUUCAUCACUCAAGAUAACAAAAAAUGAAGCUACUAUGAGAAUGGACGAGAGAUUGCAGCAAAUUGAGCGAUAUCGUAGCUUUCAAGGAUAUAUUGAGGCAACUGAAACUGUGUGGGAGUUCAAGGAAACACUACAAUUGAAAGGAGACUUUGAAAUAGUAAAGCAGCUGCGAAAUCAGAACUCAAAUGAAUUCAGGGAAAACACACUCAAUGUCAUCGAUUCCAGCCUUCGUCAAGUGGGAGAGAACCUGCAGAGGAUUUCAAUUGAGGAAGCACAUUGCCUUCAAGCAGUGAUUGACUGUGAACCACUUGUUAAAUGGUUACGAGAAACUAUCAAAGAUACACGAGCAUUAAGCACCCUUGUAGACUUGGCAAUGAUAUCUGCUGGUGAAAAUGACCUAGAAGUUGACCGCAUCUCAAACUUUCAUUCAAGCUGCCUUAAUUUUGCCCCGCUGAUUUUUGACAUUUACGAAAGCAAUAUUGGCUUUGACGAUCUAAUGAAAGCUUGCCAGCAAGUAUGGAAAGCUCUGAAAUCUGAUAGGCAUCUUCCAGAGAAACUGAGGGAAUCAUGCCUGCAUCUUGAUUGGCUGAAGGCUGUGCAGAGCUCACAUGGUUCUGUGGAGAUGUCGUCCUUAAUGCAGACCAAGAUCAUCAACUCUUCAGGUGUAUAUCGUAUUGGACACAUUGCACAAUCUUUAGACUUCAAAAAUGGAUUGGAAGAAGUUCUAACGCUUACAGUGCCCAUGGAUGAGAGAUUACAAGACGCCCAAAUGAAAUAUAAGCAAAAAGAGUAUGGUAAGGAGGAAGAAGACAUGAAAACAUACUCCUUCAAUGACCUGAAGACAUUGCAGAGCAAACUGAUGUUGAUUGCAGGUAAAACUUCACAGCUUCGAGGCAAAGAUAGAAAAUUUUCCUUGGACAGCACAGAAGAGAUAAACAGAUUUGUCGAGAUUUUCGAAGCUGUAAAUAGGCUUGGUCAAGUCUAUAUCGACCUCUGUGAGGCUGGGAAUGUGAAAUACUUGGACUGGAGUGAGACGAUUGACUGUUCUGAAGAACGGGAUUGUUCUGUUAGAAAGAAACUAGCUAACACUUGCAAGGAAAUGGAAGAAAGGCUGUUUGAAUGGCGAAGAUGCAUGCAUGAUACAAGACACAAAUACAAGGAAUUCAACCAUUUUUCUACUCAGCAAAUUCUUAUAAUGAGAAGGGAACUUGGUUCUCUUCGUCAUGCUGGUGCCAGUAGUACCAACCUACCCCUUCAUGUUCUUACGUUACUGGAGAGUGUCCUUAGUGGAAUUACCAACCAGGAUCUUGUAAAAGUGUUAAACAAAAUUUCUGGAUUUUCGUUAGUUGCUACAGACAGCAGUUCAUCAUAUUUCAAGACCAUAUGUGUUUAUGUUCUCGCUGGAAUCUGGCUAAUAUAUAUUUUGUUGUCAUUGUUGUAUACAUCCUGUUGUACGUUUUAUGACAAAAGCGACCAGAGUAAAAAUGAAGACAAUUCUGAAGUCAACAUUGAAUAUGAUCCUUACUUAACUCUUGAAGAACUUGGAACUGUUCUUGUAGAGCUUGGGACGCUAGCUAACGAACCAUCAGAAAGACGAUUUCCCGAAUACCUUAAGAAUGACCAACCUAAUCUUAUUCUGGUACAAAGUAUUGAUGUCUACCCUACAGUGUUAACAUUGUAUAUGCAACACGGAGAAAACAGUCUACCGACUCCAAAUGAGGUUCUGCUUUGUACAUCUGAGACAACAGUUGAAGAGGUUGAGCUAUUUUGGUGGCGCGCAUUUCAGGACCCAUAUAAGCAGAUAUUUUGCUUAGUCAAUCCAGAUGUCCUUGAUUACAAUGUUAGUCAAACAUCUGUCGCCGUGUUUAACACUCUUAAGCAAAAGUUUGGCUGUAUCAAAGAACUCAGGGUCGUGAUCAUCUGCAGCACUGAAAAUGAAGAUCGCUCUCACAUUAUUGCAGCUCUUGAUGAGUAUCGUCUAGGUGCUACUCUAAGCUGUGCCCCUGGUGAUAUUUUGAAAUCUUAUUUAGAAGAUAAACUAACAACUACGAGGUCUAGGGAUGGAUAUUACAAAAAUAAAAAGAUAGAAUGGAUUCCAGCUGCCUGUCUGGAUGAGAAGAGCAGACUUUCAGUUAGAGUAAUUUCAUCCGAACGUGCAGGUGUUGGGAAAUCGCUAGUCGUAACCAGACUCUGUGAGAAACUCAUGCGCCUACCUAAUAAUGAACGCAUGUCUAAGAUCAGAAAAAGAACUGAACAGCUUAAUGUUACAGUUCCUCUCCACGGCAGUGUGGCAGAUACUCGUCAGAUUCUCGACGCAUUGUGGCAGCAUCCAUUAGAUGCAAAUCUUCCUCUUUCACGGAUAAUUCACCUUGAUGUAUCACCUUCAAUCAAUAAAGGGCUUGGAAUGGUACUGUUCAAUUUAGUGGUCCUUGGAGUACUGCAAGACACAACUGGUCGUCUGUGGAGAAGAAAAUCAUCUGAUCUAUAUAUCAUAGAGCGGACAAAAGAUAUCGAUGUUAAGGUCGCUAGUGAUGCCAAUAAAUCGUCCUUUGUGUCAUUAUUGCCAACAACUGAUUGUAUUACUCCAAUACAAACCGUACAACUCCUCAAUACACCAAACAUAUCAACUUUAAGUCCGCUGUUCGAUACCAAGGAAUUCAGCAGUGAACCUGUGCAACGGGCGUUUCAAUACUUGUUUCAAUUGGACAGAGGUCAAAGUCUUGAUCAAUAUCAAUAUGAUCAAGGCAGACAGAUGGGAACUCCUUCAGAGUGUUUAGCAUUGGUUAUAAGAUACUGUGGUAUCAGCGAUCCGUCUUGGUCAGAGUUAAAGCAUUUUAUAGAUUUUCUCAACUCCCAGCUUCAUGAUUGUGAACAGAGCUACUUUACCAAUCCAGCAAAUUUUGAUGACCAGUGGAUGCAUGGAACCCUUCAGGGAUUAAAGUCAUUUGUUGUUAGAUUUAUGAUUACUAUGUCAAGGGAUUUUGCCACAUCAUCAAUGGAUAACAUUCCAAGCGAUUGUUCUGCUAACAACAUUGAUGAAGACAUUAGACCACUGCAACUCAGGCGAAGGUGGGAAAGCAGUGCUCACCCUUACAUAUUCUUCAACCAAGACCGAAUUACCAUGACGUUCCUUGGUUUUCACGUACAAUCUAAUGGCAGCCUAAUUGAUCCUGACACUGGAAUAGUCAUUGAAGAAGAAUUGAUGACAAAGCAAUUACAGAAUGGUCUGGCUCAUCAAAAAGUAGACUUUAAUCCAAAUUACAAUUCUUGGACAAAGUAAGUGAGUCUGCAUAACGUGCGGGCUGCGGGUCGCGGGUCGCAAUUUGCGGGCUACGGGUCAAAAUAUGCGGGCUGCUGACACAAUUUGUGGGCAACAGGCACAAUUUGCGGGUAACAGGCACAAUUUGCGGGCUUUCAGUCACAAUUUGCGGCCUGCAGGUCUCAAUUUGCGGGUUUUUAUUUAUGUGAUUCCACCAAACAUGCACCCCCUCACCCCAAAAAAUUCAGGUCAGUUCAAAAGAACAUCCUCUCUACCGCUCUCUAAAGUACAACUUUGAGCGAAGGGAGUAUACGAAGAAAGUAUACGAAGUUAUUUCAACAUUCAGCGAUUUUUAAAAGAUUCUCAGCACUUUUUGCCUGUUUGCUCCCAUCAACUAUUUCACAGUCCAAUGAAUACAACUCCAAACAAAUACCAAAGUAGCUAGUAAUGACUGAGCUGAAACGAUUUUCAAAUUAUUAUUAUUUUAAGGCGGCUCAAUACAAGAUACAAAAACUGUGGCACACAACAUUUCUGUUCAAGUUUAGGUUCGAUGUUUCUCUUUUUUCAUCGCGCGCGAUAAACUUGGCACACAACAAAAUCCUCUAUCCUCUAAUCUAUUUUUAAACCAGUUUAUUUGAAAGUAAUCUUUAAUCCACUUUCUUUGAAUAUAAUGGCAUGCAUGCAMAACAAUAAAAUACUGUCGAUUCYCUACAUAYGGACGCUCCCAUAAGCGUACAGUUCUACUUUUACGGACAGCUUU